UUGGACGAAACCAUCUCGGCCUUCGACAUGAGCGGGGGGGGGUUUGCGCGCGUGUUCGAAACCGCUAUGGCUGCCGUGAAGAUUGGGAUCAUCGGGGGCACGGGUCUGGAUGACCCCGACAUUCUGGAGGACCGGCAGGAGAUCCACGUGGACACUCCCUAUGGGAAGCCGUCCGAUGCGAUCAUCUCGGGCCGCAUGGGACCCGUGCCGUGCCUGCUCCUCGGCCGCCACGGGCGCGGCCACUCGCUGCCGCCGUCGCGCGUCAACUACCGCGCCAACCUGUGGGCCCUGCGCGCCGCGGGCGCCACGCACCUCCUCGCCACCACGGCCUGCGGCUCCCUCCGCGAGGACAUCCGGCCCGGCGACCUCGUCUUCCUCGACCAGUUCAUCGACCGGACGACGAAGCGGGAGCAGACCUUCUACGACGGCGCGGGGGGCGGCCCCCCCGGCGUGUGCCACAUCCCCAUCGCCGAGCCGUUCUGCCCGCGUCUGCGCCAGGCCCUGGCGGUGUGCGCGCGCGAGCUGGGCGUGCGGGCGCACGUGGCCGGGACGGUGGUCACCAUCGAGGGGCCGCGCUUCUCGAGCCGCGCCGAGAGCCGCCUGUUCGGCGCCUGGGGGGCGCACGUCGUCAACAUGACGAGCGUGCCCGAGUGCGUGCUGGCGCGCGAGCUGGCGCUGCCCUACGCCGCCGUCGCCAUGGUCACCGACUACGACUGCUGGAGGGACAGCGACGAGCCGGUGAGCGUGGAGAAGGUGAUGGCGACGUUCCGGCAGAACGCGGCGAAGGUGACCAGCCUGCUGGUGAACGUGGUGCCCUACAUCGCCGCCCAGGACUGGAGCCGGACCCUGCAGGAGCUCAAGGAUAGCGCCGAAGCCUCGGUCAUGCUGCCCAAUCACUGAAGCAACAUCGUGGCCUGUACACCAUUGCACGAAAGAUGACCGGGACCCUCCCAGGCUUCCCCCCCCCCACCCCCCACUGCACGUUGUUCUCAGGGUCAAAUGAAUUCCUCGAUUCCGC